AUGGCCAGACAUUACUCGCACCGAUCUUCGGGGGACCAUGCGAAGAACAGGCACCACGAGGGGCGCUGUGAUCGCCGGAACGACUACUACGAGCCGACUCGACCGACACGUAGGCAGCCCUCGGGUGGCGACUACUGGUCACAAUAUGCUUCUAGCGGCAGCUACUCUUCGCGUAGAUCGUCUGGUGGUUCCUCACGUCGGCAAUCCGCUUCGGGUGGCUUUCUUGCUCGUCGAUCUGUGGCGGGCACCUCUUUGUCCAGGUAUUCUUCACCAAUGUCCUCGAUAGAUGAGAUUCGGUGCUCCGACUGGGAACUUGAUAUGGAGUGGUAUUUUGACUCACUGAGGCAGGGCCCUGGUGGUCAGCGGGGGCUCGAUCCAAUCGUUGACCAUCCCGACGUCAGGCACGACCGCCAGAGAAGAGGGUACCUUCAUCGCAGUGAGUACGUCGCCAACCAGUUUGACGUGACAUUGCGGCAUGUACGAGAUCUGCUCCACCACAUGCACGAUCACUACGACACUGUAACGUGCUACAGCAUGGGCCUCCUGAAAGCCGGCGACAUCAUCUAUUACAUCGAACCAUUCGUCCUUGGUUUCGAUCAAAUGGAUGAGGGCGAAGCGAUUCAGGUACUCGGUGGCACCCGAUUCCAAGCGGCCGUGCAAGCUAAGGGCAGGUUUGGGAUUGUCACACACGUGAUUGGCAGACAAACGUUGAAGGUAGCACCAAUGUACACUUUCAACGGUGACGGAUUAGCCAGCAAACCUCCCUCGGUACGCGAUGAUUACAUCGAGCUCGGCCUACAUGGCAGGCUCUGCUGUGCACCUGGUGACGAGCAGGGUGACAUUGACCUCGCAGAUCUUGAUAGCGGGUUCUAUCACGCCUCAUUCUCUGGACUUGUUGAGGAGUGCCAUAGUUCAUGCCGAGGUAAGUGCUGGAUGGUAGCAGGCAAGGCUCAACGGAUAGUGAAAUGGCAGGAAGGGCAGGUUAAUGUGGAAGGUCGCACAGGCCGCGACGGCUAG